AUGCCUCGGGGUCAAAAGGAAAAGCUCCAUGCUGGAGGAAAAUGCCACCAGGCUCAAGGUGAGACCCAGGAUCUCCAGGGUGCUCAGGCCCCUGCAACAGAGGAGAAAAGCCAUCCCCCUCCAUCUUCUCCUCAUUUGGGGAUUACUACCCAUACAAAAUCUACUUCUAAAUUACAAAGCACCUCCAAGGCGCCCCAGAAAGCCCUUAAAGGAGCUAAGGGCAAAAUUAAGAGAAAACAAAGUUCUCCCAAGGCCUCACCCUCUACUGUGAAGCGCCCUAAAAAGUCUCUCAUUGGUGCAGUCCGCCUGGUGGUGAGCUACAUGAUGCAAAUGUGUAGAAUGAAAAGGCCCAUUCUGAAAGCAGAUUUGUUGAAGGUGAUCACCAAAACCCAUAGAGAACACUUUAAUGAGAUUUUCACAAGAGCUUCGUUCAACUUAGAGGUGGUUCUUGGUGUAGACAUAAAGGAAGUAGACUCUAUGAAGAAUUCCUACACCCUUGUUAGCAAAAUGAAUCUCCCUAACAAUGGUGUUGUGACUAAAGGAAGGGGAUUUCCCAAGACUGGCCUGCUCAUGAAUAUCCUAGGGGUGAUCUUCCUGAAAGGAAACCGUGCCACUGAGGACAAGAUCUGGGAAUUCCUGAAUAAGAUGAAAAUAUACGAUGGAAAGAAGCAUUUCAUUUUUGGGGAACCCAGGAAGCUUAUCACUCAAGAUUUAGUGAAGCUUAAAUACCUGGAGUAUCAGCCAGUGCCUAACAGAGAUCCAGCAAGCUAUGAAUUUCUGUGGGGUCCCAGGUCUCAUGCUGAGACAAGCAAGAUGAAAAUCCUGGAAUUUUUGGCUAAGAUCAACCACACAGUUCCGAGUGUCUUCCAGGCUCGGUACGAUGAGGCUUUGAAAGAUGAAGAAAGAGCUGGAGCUGCAGCUGCAGCUGUAGUCAGUGAAACCCCCGAUACCAAUUAA